AUGGUCAUCAUUGGUGUACUACACAACAAUUGGCGUCGACCGAACGAAACCUCCUACUCGGAAGCAUCAGCGACCAAUGAUCGUGCCGAACGACUCGGGUUAACCACCGGAUACGGAGGAAGUGGCCUCAACGGGUACGGCUAUUCCAGUUCCGGUGUGGGAGGUUACGCUCCGCUCAAGAUCGACCUCGGUGGCGUGGUGCUCGGUACGCUGGUUGGUAUCGGAGCUCUGCUAAUCCUACCCAAGUUGGUGUCGGCGUUCGGCGGAGGUUACGGAGGACACUACCGUAGCGUCGACAGUGAUCCAACCGGGUUCACCGAAAUGUUGAGCAAGGUAGAUGACCUGCUGGCACAGAACAACAUCGAUUCGGGUUCGUGUAUGCAGAAGGCCAUCUGCACCUACGUGCGAUCGUCGGAUUACCAUAUGCAAGUGGGAACGGCCGAUCAGAUUGAGCAUAUGAUGUUGGCCCUGUCUGAGAACUCGCUUGUGGACUACAUGCUGGAUGGAACUGCAAUCAAGGAAGCUAUCAAGAAUGGGAAAUCGCAACAGAAUCGAUCCUGUGAUGAUAUCUACAAAACAUGCCCGCUGGAUAGACAAUCCGCACUACAAGUGUUCAAGAAAAUGUUUCCACUGGGAGGAAAUUAAGCUACCAACGACCAACAUUCUUCGCUUCUAUAACUGAAACAACUCUCAUACACACAACUGAAAUUCAUCUAUAACUACAAACGUGCCGUACUUAGUUUUUGAAAAUCGCAAAAUACGCCAAACUGCUGUAUUUAAUUCUAGAGCAGAUGCAACAGAGAAUCCAACAACCCCUCGUCGA